UUUAAUUGAUUUUAACUUUCAAAUUCAGUUACAUACUGUACAGUAUAAUUGAAACCAAGCAAAUGUAAGUAUUACUAAUUGUAUGUUCCCAUAUAAUCAGGUUUACUAACUUAAUUUUGAAUUGAUUGGUGUAGUCAUAUAGUGCCUUGAUAAAGUUCCCGAUCUGGAAGCGAAACGUUGGCCUUUUGCUAAUAAGUAUAAGAAUAUAUAUGUUUCUAUGCACCUAAUGUGUUUAUUUUAACAAAUAAUAUUCUUAUUGCUAGAACCCGAAAAUUUGGAACGUUAAACAAAUUUACAACUUUUUAUCAUCAAAAUACGUAUAAAAAAAUAUUUUGAACGAAAACAAUUCUCGCGUGGAAUAUAUACUUUGACAAAUUAAUACAAAUUUUCUUCUGAAACGUAUUAGGUACCUAGAUUGUAAGUUUAAAAAAUAUACAAAUAUUUUAUAUCCAAUGAGAUCAUACAUAAGAGCGACAGAAUUUGUUCAAAUUUUAUGGAUAAUAGGAGAGCUAAUAAAUGAUUAAUUAAUUUUUUUUGUAGUGUCUUCUUCAGUGUGUUUAUCGAAAAAUGAAAGCAGUAAACGAAUUUGGAUUUCCCAGGCCAGAUGGACUUGUUACGUUAUACACAGAAGGUGUUACAGAUCCUGAAUACAUAAAAGGGACAUUUCGAGCGGUGAAUAGCUGCCUAGCAAACGCAAAAAAGACAUAUGCAACUACUUUGGAAAGUGUUAAAGACGAUGGAACAACCUGCGAUGUCGCGUUCUACACCUUCGAUUGCAUUUCUGAUUUAAUAGACGAAUAUUGCAAGCAAAAUCCGUAGCAGCUUAAUCUGUCUUUUUUAUUAUUAGCUAUUACAUUUUAGUACAAGUUUUAAUUCUACACACUUACGUACCUUUGUAAUUAUGUAUUGUAAAUAAUAAUAAAAAAUUGUUAUUAAAAACUCACACUAUUAGAAUACGUAUUUGUAUUUAUUUUUCCUCGGUGCCCAAUUUAAAACGCUUCACUGCCACGCACGCACGCACGCAUGCACGCACGUGUUUGUCACU